CUUCUUCCAUUAAGACUAUAGCAAAACUAUCUUCCAUAGAAAUCUUUUAAUAUCCUAUGCAUCUUAGAGGCAAUCUAAACCAAAAUUACAUCAUCCACAAAGUGAUUUGCAUCCUCUUAUAUACAUAAAAGAAAAAAUUCCAACCAAAAAAAAAUCAAAAAAGGCAUUAAAAGCAUGACGUUUUCGUGUCGUCGAGUAUCAAUCCGUAUCUAAAAAAACCCUCCAUUCAAGUGAUCUUUUUCCUUUUUUGUUUGUUCUUCUCAAAGCUUCGUCGUGGAACUUGGAAGCGAAGAAUCAAAUAGAUCUCUUUGAAUUCCCUGAGAUUUUUGGACGACUUACAAAAAUGCCUUUCCUAUCAAAAAUCCGACCUAUUAACGUCAAUGGUGUAGCGAAGGAGGAGAAGCAGGCGGCUGUGAUGAGACAAACCCCGAGAUCUCGACUGAAGCGGCUCUUUGAACGUCAGUUCAGUCUGAAGAGCUUCUCCCGUGUAGAUUCACCACUUCGGAGAGGCCAUUCGGAAGAAUUUGAACCAAGCUCUGUCUGUUUGAGGAAGAUGGUUGAGAGAUACAUCGAGGAUCCAGACAGUGAGAAACAGUCACGUUGUGUUACUGUAUGUCGUAACCACUGCAACUGUUUCAGUGGAAGUGGCACUGAUAGCUCCGACGAAGACGAAGAGUCUUCUUCAGGCGGACUUCUUCAAAGCCUCAAGAGUCUGUUACUCUGUGCUAACGUCGCUGAGCGUGAUCUGGAGACUAAAGCAAUGGAGCUUGUUGAGACUAAAGAUGUAACAACAUUGAAAGCUGUUGCUGAUGAACUGGUGGCUUUAGGCUAUGAUGCAGCAGUCUGCAAAUCUAGCUGGGAGAAAUCGAAAUCGAGAUCCUGUCCUAUUCCUGCUGGGAAAUAUGAGUACUUGGAUGUUGUGAUUGGAGAUCAAAGAGUCUUGAUCGACAUCAACUUCCAAUCCAAGUUCCAGAUAGCUCGACCGAGUAAGGCUUACAAGUCGAUAUCGCAGACACUGCCUUUCGUCUUUGUUGGACAAGUUGAUAGGCUGAAGAAGCUCGUGGUAUUUCUGUCUAAAGCUGCUAAGAAGAGCCUGACGAAGAAAGGGCUAUCAGUGCCACCAUGGAGGAGAGCAGAGUACGUGUUAACCAAAUGGGUGUGUCCUUAUGAUCGUGCUAAGCAAACUCAAGGAGAAACCAGUGGAGCCGCUGCUCCUGCUGCUGCGGUCCAACCUUGAAAUACCUUCUUAAUUUCUGAAUAAUAAUAAGACUUUAUAAUUAUAUUUUUCUUGUUUAAGGGUAUGAUUUUUUGAAGGAUCAUACCCUCCUUUUUUUUUAAAGUUUAUUUUUGAAAAUUUCUUCUGAUCCUUGUGGAAGAAACCAGUCCUUUUUGGUGAAUUUGUUUAUUUUCAUCGCA